GAGAGCCACGGAGAGGGGGGUUCCUAGAGCUUCUUCCGCGAGGGGGGGCGCUCCUUCCCUUUCCGCGCGCGGUCUCGCCUCGCCGUCGCCUCCUCCGAGGGGCCGCCGCCCGCGUUGCAUGGCGGGACGGCGCAGCCGGGAGGAGCGCCCGCCCCACAGCUCCCCCUGCCGGCCCUCCCGCGCGCUCUCCUCUCCCCCCGCCCCGUUCCCUUCUCCUUCUCCAUCCAUCCUCUCAGGUUCCAAGAUGGCGGCUGCGGCGGCGGCGGCGGCGGCUCCCCCAUCCCCUCCUCUCCUUGCCGCCCCGCCGUCGGAAGGCCCGUCUUGCCCCGGCUCGUGGCCCAACUUCGCCGUCGUCUGCUCCUUCCUGGAGAGAUACGGCGGCCUCCUCGACCUGCCCGAGCUGCCCUUCCCGGAGCUGGAGCGAGUCCUGCAGCCUCCGCAGGAGCCCGGCGACCAGGUUCCAAGAGAGCUGGUAGAACUUCAUUUGAAACUGAUGAGAAAGAUCGGGAAGUCUGUCACAGCAGACCGAUGGGAAAAAUACUUGAUCAAGAUGUGUCAAGAAUUCAACAGCACCUGGGCAUGGGAGAUGGAGAAGAAAGGAUACCUGGAAAUGAGCACUGAAUGCAAGUUGGGAAUAUUGAAGUACCUUUGUGAGUGCCAGUUUGAUGACAAUCUAAAAUUUAAGAACAUCAUUAACGAGGAAGAUGCCGAUGCUAUGCGCCUUCAGCCAAUUGGCAAAGACAAAGAUGGCCUGACAUACUGGUACCAGCUGGAUCAAGAACAUAACAUUAGGAUGUAUGUGGAAGAGCAGGAUGAUCAGGAUGGAUCUUCGUGGAAGUGUAUUGUCAGAAGCCGAAAUGAACUGGCUGAAACACUUGAACUCCUGAAAGCACAAAUUGAUCCUGCACUUUUGAAAAACCAGCAACAGGAUAGCUGCUUACAAGAGAGCCCAAAUACUGAAGAUGAAUCCAAAAUGGAGGAAGAAAUAUCAGCUCAAGAAAACAAAUUAAAAGAAAAAGAAAAAAAGGAGGAGAUUAAACAAGAACAGCCAAAGGAAUCAGAAAAUGUUCCACCUUCCACAAUUUCAGGAGAGGAAAACAAGAUCAAAUUAGAAAAAGUGGAGGAGAGGGAAAUCAUAAAGCUACCUGUGAUAGUAAAGCUAGAGAAAGAGAUAGUAAAGCCUUUGGAAAACCAUGGGGAAGUGCAAAUUACCAAAGAAGAAAGUGACUCUUUUAAAGAAAACGUUAAACCUGUUAAAGCAGAGGUGAAGGAAAAUAAGUUAGAGCCAAAAGACUUAAAAGAUGUAAAUAGCAACACAGAUAGAACCGUUCACGAACCCGAGAGGAUAGAGUUCUGCGUCAGUGUCAAAACUCCCCAGGAAGUUGCAGAGAGAACUGCAGAAGAAAGUGAGAAACUUAAAAACGACCAGCAGGCUAAGAUUCCCCUGAAAAAGCGAGAGAUUAAGCUGGCUGAUGAUUAUGACAGCCCAUUAAAAGGGCCCUUGCGAAAAUGUAUUACCCCAACAAAAGAGGUCUUGAAGGAAGAAGAGAAACAAGAGGAAGAGGCCUUUAAAAGAGUCCCUACAAUUACGGAUGGGAAAUUCCUUGUAAAUGGGGAGGUUAGCAGUGAGAGAAUCAUGCCAAAUAACAAGUUGGAACAUUCUCCCAGCACAAUGGAAGACCCCAUCAGCUUGCCGAAGGAAAAAAAUGGCAUAAGCGGAGAGAAAGUACUAGAGGCUGUUAGCACAAUAGUAAGAACAAGCGAUGUUGAGAGACAUAUUUUGCAUACAGGGAAAGAAGUUGCUGGUGUGAUUUCUGAGGUUUCUCACCAGAAAGUGCCUUUAAAGGAGGAUACCAGUCCUGCAGGAAAGGAGAGCUUGCUUGACAGUAGGACUUCAGAGGUUAUCGUAGAAGCACCUUCCAAAAUGGACAAAUGUCUCAAGAAACCUGAAGAACCUGUUAAAGCAAAAGAUGGUCCGCCCCCUCCCAAGGAAUGUCUUGAUAAGUCCAGUAAGCCACCUUCCCCGAAGGAGCUGGUUACUCCAAAAGAUGGUGGGUGUUUGAAAAGUAAGGAUCAGCCACAGGAGAAACGUGACUUACCAAGAGCAGCUGCAACUCCAUCCCCUGCUUCAGCUCUUCCAUCAGAUGAUUCUGUUUCUGAAAAAGAAGACUUGGACUCCAAAAGCACACUCCCUGAAAAAAGUAAAGUGCACGAGGAGCAGGGUUCUGAACCACAGAAGGACUCUGCCAUCGCUGAGAGCGAAACACCCAAACUAGGCAACGCCCAAAGUUCUGUGGAGGAACCCCUAGAGACGAAAAAAGAGCCUGUGAAAAGCAAGUGUAAAUAUAAGUUGAUUUCUGAAGAAGAUAGCGCUCUAACAGAAAACAGGGAAAUUACCUCUGAGAGGCAGAAAGAUGGGAUCAAGCUCACAAUCAGGAUCUCUAGUAGAAAGAAAACAGAUCCUCUUCCUGAUCCUCCUCCUCCCCCCAAGACUCAGAAUGCAGAGGCUGAAAAGGAGGAGGUGGUCCCCAAUGUUGGCCGCAUUUUAAGGAGGUCUCCCCGGAUAUCGAAACCUACUCCCAAGAUUGUGGAGACGCGGGAUCAGAAACCUGAGAAGAAGCGAAGCGAGGAAGAGGAAGAGAAACCAGCUGCAGUGCAAAAGCAGGACAAGAAAGAGGAGCCAAAAAAGCAAGAGAAAGAGAUGAAUUCUAAGUCCAGCAAGGCUUCACAGCGAAAUAAAAUUCGAUGGGCUGGAACACGAACCCGUGGCAAGUGGAGAUACUCAAGCAAUGAUGAAAGUGAGGAGUCGGAGAGUGAAGACGACUCUGAGGAGGAUGAAGAGGAGGAGGAGGAGGAUGAAGAGGAGGAGGAACCUGCACCUGCUGAUGAUGAUGAGCCGUGCAAGAAGUGUGGUCUCCCCAAUCAUCCGGAGCUAAUUCUCUUGUGCGACUCUUGUGACAGCGGCUACCACACAGCGUGUCUUCGGCCUCCACUAAUGAUCAUUCCCGACGGAGAGUGGUUCUGCCCACCUUGCCAACAUAAACUACUGUGUGAGAAGUUAGAAGAACAGCUGCAGGACCUGGAUGUUAUCUUGAAAAAGAAAGAACGUGCAGAGCGAAGGAAAGAACGCCUUGUAUAUGUGGGUAUUAGUAUCGAGAACAUCAUUCCUCCACAAGAGCCAGAAAUACCUGAAGGUGUGGAAGAAAAGAAGAAAGAUUCCAAAAAAUCCAAGGCAAAGCUGCUUGAAAGGAGGUCAACUAGGCAACGGAAGUGCAUAAGCUACAGGUUUGAUGAGUUUGAUGAAGCAAUUGAUGAAGCAAUAGAGGAUGACAUCAAGGAGGCUGAUGGAGGGGGUGGUGGUAGAGGGAAGGACAUGGCUAACAUCACAGGGCAUCGUGGGAAGGACAUUUCCACCAUCCUGGAGGAAGAAAGGAAAGAAAGCAAGCGGCCUCCAAGGGCUGCUACAGUUCGCCGCAAGAAACGGCGGCGGCUGAACGACCUGGACAGUGACAGCAACCUCGACGAGGAAGAGAGCGAGGAUGAGUUCAGAAUCAGCGAAGGAUCCCAGGAUGAGUUUGUUGCAUCAGAUGACAACCUAGAUGAAAGUGAAGAGGAUCAGCCAUCAAAUGAUGACAGUGACACGGAGUUUACCAGGCGGAGGCCCAGGCGACAUCAUUCUAGGCCAAUGAGGCAAAGCAGGCGGCUACGGAGAAAAACAGUCAAGAAAAGGUACUCGGAAGACGACGAAGAGGAGGACUCCGAGGACAAUAUCAGUGGAGAAUCUGAAAGUGAUAUUUCUUCAGAUUACAGCGACGAAGAUUACCUGGAAACCAGGCGGAGAAGAUCUCGGCGGAAUCAGAAGAGACAAGUCAACUAUAAGGAAGAUUCUGAAAGUGAGGGCUCUCAGAAGAGCUUCCGAUAUGGGAAAGAGCUGAGAAGAGUCCACAAGCGCAGGCUUUCCAGUUCAGACAGCGAAGAGAGCUACCUGGCUAAGAACUCUGAAGAUGACAAAACAGCCAAGGUGUCAAAGAGGUCAGUUCGGAAACGCAGCCACAGUACGGACGAUUAUUCGGAAGGGGAGGAUGGAGAUGAGGAAGGGCGGCCCAUCCGAAAGCGCCUGAAUCGGAUCGAAACAGAUGACGAAGACAACUGUGGCAAUACCAACGAUGAUGCAGGCAAGCCCGUGCCAGCUAGUAAGCCCUUGGCACCCCAUGCUCCUCAAGACGUCACCAAGAAGCCCUGCUACCGGAUAGAAAGUGACGACGACGAUGACUUUGACAAUGUUGGGAAGGUAGAAAGCCCGUUGGACUACAGCCUAGUGGAUUUGCCAUCUACCAAUGGGCAAAGCCCUGGGAAAACUAUUGAGAACUUGAUUGGCAAGCCCAGCGAGAAGACUCCUGCCCCCAAGGACAGCACAGCCAAUGCCAACUUGGCAUCCAAUGGGACAAGUGGUGGCCAGGAGGCAGUAGGGCCGGAGGAAGAUGAGGAUGAACUCUUGCGAGUGACUGACCUCGUUGAUUACGUCUGUAACAGUGAACAGUUAUAAGACUUCCAUUUUUGUCCUAAUUUAUUCCACGGUAGCUCAUACCAGCGGGCCAGUUAUUAAAAGGUGUUUUAUUUUUCCUAGAAAACUCUCCACUACAGUAUCAAUUUUUAGCAGUCAAAAUGUCACCAGUCCUGCAGUUUUGGGUUUGGUUUUUUCUCGUCCUCCCGUGAAGUGACCAGUUUUUUUGGAACUCUUCUGAAGAUUGUUGCUCAAGAUCCCCUGUUCUGAUUCUCUUCUUCCCAACCCCUUCAUCCAGUUCCUGAGUAACUUCAUCCACAUGCAGACCUUGUAGUAAACGAGAGAUUUGUAUAUUUUUGACUUUAUAUUUCAUGAGUGCACACACAAAUUUGUGGGAAAAGAAAUGGGGUGGUUGUAUGAAAGCAUUCCGAGUUGGUCAGGGCCCAAAAUCUGAAUCGGGUGGGGAGGGGUCUGGAAAUAGAGGAAAGGGAGUGGGUGGGGUUAAAAUAGCACUUGUGCUCCAACCUUUUCAUAUGAGAUAUAUAUUGUAUUUAAAUGUUCACAACUUAGAUUACAAUUUAACAUGCAGUUUUAAGGAAACAAAAUUAAUAUCUUUACUGUUGCAUUUUGUGACUUGUAGGUUAACUUACAUAGUUCAUUUUAGUAAUCGCCUUCCUGAAAAACAGCCUUGAUAGACCCUGAAGAUUACCACAGCAGACAGAGGAAACACCAUGGGAAGAAAAGUUUUCACGUCGUCUUUUGAUUCGCAGUUCCCCCUAAUAAACAUCUUUUUAAAGUGUUUGUACAGUAAGAAGUGUAAACUAUAUCAUGAGCUUUUGACCAUUUGAAACCAUGCUAGCGGUGAGUUUGUAAACAAGACUUUUAAAAAAAUGUGUUAAAUCCAUCUGAUGGUCUUCAGUACAACACCUGUCAGGAGGAGGAAAUAUCAUUUUAGUUGUGAAGGGGCCAGGUUUUGCAGUACAUGAUUUUCAGCAGAUGACAUAACUCCUGGAAAGAGAUAAGUGGCUGCUUUGGAAGCUCCUUUUGCUGCUCUUAGCAUCUACUUCAAAUUGAAGUACAUAGAAUGGAGCAGUUUUCCUUCUUUGAGGUUUCUAUUGGGGAAGUGUGUGUGCGUGAGUGUGAUUUUAUCUGUCUGGAUGUUCUUGCAGAUUUUGACUCUAGCUGUUGGCCUGUGGGCCACUCCAUGUUUUUAAUAUGCGUUUUAAUCUAUGUCACAUGACCAACUGAUUUUUCAAAGGAGACGUUUCUGGAGAAAAGUGCUUGACCCCAAAGUAUUCCCACUCUCGGAGACAGACAACAUAGCCCUGGUUGUGAGUGGAUGUCCCUGACUCCAAAAUAGCUGCAUUGACCCCUAAUAGCCAGUCAAACAAGAAUGUGGGUUAAAGUGCCAUUGGGUUUUCCACUUCUUUGGGAAACCCAACUGCGUUCUUUAAGAAUUUGAUAUGCUUCUUUUUUCUUUGUAUGCCAUGUACACUGGUACACAUGGCCUGAAAAGCUUUGAAAUCUGAAAUGGUCACAUACCUCUCCUCCCCCCCUCCCGCUGGGAUUUGGACUAUAUGUUCUGGUGCUAGGCCCGUUGCUGGCAACGGCAGCACCAUGACUUGCUGCUGGCAUUGAGGCAAGCGUUCUCCCUCCCUAGCCUACCCAUUCUCACAUGGCUGUGUUGCAUUUUAAAAGGAAUUUGUCAUUAGGUAAGCACUUCUGAUUUGUUUGUUUUAAGAGUAAUCAAAGCUGGCAUUAGGUCUGUGCUAAAUACCUCUCAAGAAAAAGAGAUUCCCCAAAUCUUUCUGGUCUUAAAAUCCUUCCUUAAUACCCACUUAGUGCAGUAGGAACCACAUGGAUUAAUAGUGCUCAUCUAUAUUUUGGCAAAGUACAUAAUCUCCACAUUCAGAAUUUGAGAACCCAUACGCCAUAAAAUGGUUGGCUUCCCCAAGUGGUAUUUUUGCAUCGUUUAAAGCAGAGACCCCUGGUUGAAAAACAUACUUUUGUUAGCAAGGAUCUAUUCUCAUCACACAGCAGAGUUUAAAAGCCACAGAAAUUUAAAACCUGCUCUUUAACAUGCCGUUUUGUUUCUCCUGCUGCUGAAACAAAAUGUGUUGGAAUGCAGCAUGCAUCUUUGGAGUUUGCAGUAACACGGGUCAUCUGGUUAAUUUCCACUCAAGCAAGGUAAAAUAUGCUUUUGUGUUUAAUUUAAUAUUUAGAAGACAUGGGUGCUGCAAAAUAUAGGCAGGGAUAGCUCCUUACUGAGAAGGAAGGUAAAGGGUUUCUAGACCUGCUUCCAAAAGAAGCAAGUGUUGCAUCCCUGGCUACUCUGCUAGCUGGCAAGUAGUUUUUAGCCAGGGACAUGUUCUGAACUGGGCAAGGAUGAAAGGACUAGCAGCAUAAGCUCUGGCCAUUAGCCAGGUCCCAUAUGAGUCGAGAUGGGAGUCUUCAACUCCCUUGACACCAGUGGAAAAUCCAGUAGGUGUUGUGUCUGAGUGGGAAUUGGGGGAGCUAACUUAGAAAUGCUUUAAAACUAUUCUGUCAGGCUUUUGCCUGACAGAUGAGAUGUGUUUUUGAGGCAUGUUCAGCAUCUGCUUAGAAAUACCUUGCUCCUUAAGUAGGCACUCUUCUGGAGAUCAUGAUAAAUAAAGUGUGCAGUGUUCAGCACUCCUGAAGAAAUAGUAGUUGGAGAUAACAGAGUGGUAGGGAGCUGGGGUCUGGCAGGUGGGAUUGUGCUGAGGGAAACUGACCCAAGCCUCAGGAGCAUGCUGGUCAUUUCCUGGUCCAGCUACUGUAUUGUACAAGACACUGUUGACUUUUCUUGUGCAAAAACGUUUUGAAGUCUCCUGAAUUGCUGGGGUUUUAAAAACUGAUUUUUAAAAGUAAUCAUAGCAUCAGUGCUACAUCUAACCUUGGUCCUUGCCUAGACUUAGCUCAGAUUUAAUUAAGUCAGGCGUUCUCAAGCAUGGGUCACCGGAAGCUAUUGGACUACACUUCCCAUCAUCUCUAGCCACAAUGGCCUUUGGCCAUUGUGAUGGGGAUGAUGGGAGUUGCAGUCCAACAACAUCUGGGGACCCAAGUUUGAGAACCCCUGAAUUAAGUGGAAAUCGGGAUGGAGAAGAAUCUGUCUUCACCGGGCCAAAAAUAACUGGCUUUUCAGUGACCAAGAUGUCCUCUGCUUGCUUCAUUUUGCAGAUUCUGGUUCUGGUUGCCAAGUGGUGAGCAAACCUCAAUUGCUUUCCCUCCUCCCAUCCUCCACACCCCCAGUUCAAACAUCCUUUUUGCAAAAAGCCAGGGUGGAAACUUGUAGGUUUGGGCAACUUAACUUGUGCCCCAACUGACAUCCUUUAGUUUCUCUCUUUUAGGAGCACAGUUGUCCUGUGCUCCCAAAUUAUGACUUUGUCUAAUUCUAAUUCCACUAUUACUCCCAGAGACAAAGUAGUAUGUUUUCAGAGAUCACUGGAGAAUUUGAAUGUCUACAGUGGUUUUCAGAUGUUGCUGAGCUUACAGAGCAAAACAUACUCUUCAUUUUGAGUAGGAGAUGGUGUCUCUUUCAUACCUUUGUAUUGUUGGAAGAUCAAGCUGUCCUUUUGAGCAUGUUAAGACAGGAGUUCUCAAACUUGGGUCCCCAGAUUAUGUUGGACUACAACUCCCACCAUCUUCUGCCGCAGUUUUCGAAGGAUGAUGGGACUUGUAGUCCAACAUCAUCUGGGGACUCAAGUUUGAGAAUUGCUGAGUUAAUACAAACAGUGAAUUGGAAACAAAUGAUCUCAUGUUAAACACAGAAGGUAGAAGUGCAACCAAGGGCAGAUCAGGGCCAAAGUAGACAAAACUUUGCUUACAGAUCUGUGGCCUGAAAUCCCUGGUGUCUUUUUUGCUUGACUGCUAAAAUCAUUCAGGAGAUGCAAGUUAGACUGGGCUGGAAUAGUGUGUGUGUUGCAGGGAGGGGUUUAUCCCUCCCACAUCCAUUCAUCUCUGCUUUGAAGCUGCUUUUAGCCACAGAGAUGGGGGUUACCCCUGUCUCUCUUCUUCCUCCUCCCCUGCUAAUAGCAAUGGGGAAACUGUGCAAGGGGGAAAGGUUAAACCCCCAGCACUGUGACUCAGAUGCCACACACCCUGCCUCUCCAUGGUUGCUUGACAUCUGGCUGGGAAAAGUCAUCUGGUGAUCCUGUCAUGCAGCUUUCACAUGAUGACUAGCUGUUUAAAUAACACAUUAUGUCUAGUUAUUUAUUUAAAUAAAUACCCUUGGAAUUUGAAGAUAGGAGAGGAACCACGCUGUAUGGAAAUGUAUCUCUUUAUUUGGGCAUUUUUAUGUUGCUUUUCGCUAAUAAAACCACCUAAUCACAGUCAAUUAAAAAGCCAAUGCAAACAUUGUUUAAAAACAAUAAUGUAAACAAACAGAACAGCCAAAAACAUCAUUGGAGAUAGUCCAUCAGUCAACAAAAUAAAAUGCCAGACAAAAACAACCACUUUUUAGUAGCUGCUGAAAGACCAAAAGGGAUGGAGCAGCUCAGACCUCCCAGGGGAGGAAAUUUCGAAGCCUGGGCACCACUCCUAAAAAGGCCCUGUCAUAUGUGCUCAGCAGCUUAACUUCUGGUGGUACUGGCACACAGGGCAGAACACCUCCCAUAGAUCUUAGUAGGUGGGAGACAGGUCCUAAGGUAUCCUGUACCCUGGCAGGCCCUAAGGUAUCCUGUACCCUCCACAAAAAGAGGAGUUCAGGUAACUUUCUCCUGUUGUACAGUGAAUUCAGAAGUCGCUCUAGAGAAAUUUGUCUUGCACAGAGAGAGAGAGAGGACAAGACUCUUCAGGUUUGGGGAGAACAGAAGAUGCAAGGUAGAUAUUUUUAUGGUUGCUGUAAUAUGGCAGCUAAAUGUAUGUAGAUGUGGGAUGAAGUUCCAUAGGGAGUUAACCAGGGUGUGAUUACAAAAAUCUCCCUGCAGUGACUAGGGAUGUGCAUGAACCUGUUCGGAGGCCCUUUUAUGGGCCUCCAAACAGGUUUGAACACUGGCCAGUUCGGAGGCUCGAAAGUGGGGUGUGUGUGUCUCGCUUUAAGGGCAGGGGAGGGUGCACUUACCCCUCCCCCCCCGCCGCCGGUGCUCUGUUUUGGUAAAAGCCUUUAGGGCAGCAGUGUACCUCCCUGCUGCCCCUUCCUCCUCUUUGGCCAGAAGUGGCCGGAAGUAGCCGGUGCACAUUAUGUGCAGCAUGCGCCCGUACCCCGGAUACUUCUGGCUGAAGAAGUACAUUGCAGCCCUGAAGGCUUUUACCAAGACCGAGUGCCAGUGGCAGGAGGGAAGUGCCCCCUCCCUAAAAGCGAGAGACACACACACACACACCCGUCGUGCCUCCCCCACCCGGUUCUGUGCACAUCCCUAGCAGUGCCCUCUCUGAGUCUGACUGGGUGGCCAUUGCUGAACAUGCAUCUUCAGCGUGUCACCUUCACUUAGGUGGAAGAGCUAACAGAAGCCUACUGUACCAUUGCUGUUCUCUCACUGAAAAUCUUUCUGUCCAAGCCCAACUCACAUAAUUUAAAUAAAUGAAAUAUUCAUGAUUCAUGGAGCGAUGGCCACUGGAUCAUCUGUAACUUUUUAAAAAGCAAGGUCUGCCCUCUGUUUCCGAGCAUUUGCACCUCAUCCAUUCCAAAUGAAACACUAAUUCAUCCAUUUUACUAAUUCUUUAUGGAAUUGUGCCUCUCCAGUUGAAUAUGGAAAGAGCAUAAUCCUGACCAUUUCCUGCUUCUUUCUCCUCUUCCCAACCCCCGUUUCAUCAGCUAGUGAGCACUUUCAUUGAGAUCCACUACCAGAGGUUUUGCACAUAGUCAGUGAGCGAGGAGACGCCCGUGUGUCUGCUUGGAGGAUUCUGGCAGUGGUGGCGAACCUGAGGUUCCCGAGAGAGGCUGUGCUUGGAACAAAGACAGAGCAUACCCCCAAAGUGGAACAAUAAUCCACCACAGAGUAAAACGUUCUUGAUUCCUGUUGAAAGCAGUUGGACUUAAAGCAUAUCUAUGAGCUGGAUUCUGCCUUCUGUGUGUGUGUGUGUGUGUGUGUGUGUGUGUGUGUGUGUGUGUGUGUGUGUGUGCGCGCGUGCGCCUGUGUGGUAGGCACUUAAUAGCACUUUGUAUAUAGUCAUUUUCACUGUGUUCUCUUCCCAUAAUCUAAUCUGCACUUGUUAUUGAGGCUGGUAGUUCUGCACAGACAAAUGCCAAUUAGAUUAUUGGCCUGGGUGGAUGGAGGGGACUGUUUGACAGCUUGAUUUCAAUUCCCAAAUGGCAGUGUCCCUUACAGAUUUCUCGCGUGACAUGUUACCUUCCUGUCUCCUAACGUAAGGGGUGUGUGUGUGUGUGCGUGUGCACACGUGUGCAUGUGUGCAUACAUGCUUGGAAAUGCUGAGAAAAGUUGUUUCAUCGAGGAUCCUGAGUGUAUAGGGGUAUUGUGUAGGGAGCAUUGGUGGACAUCUGAUGGUGAAGAACUGGUGGGGUUUUAAAGAACUGUUUUAAACUAUUUUUGAAAAACUGGCUUUUAAAAACUCCAUGUCGAGUAGUGAGGUUAGUUUACCAAAGCAUAUCAGACUCUUGGGAAGGAGCAAUGCUGUGCCCCAGAAAUGCACAAUAGGCCUAGUGGUUAGCUCACCACUUUAGCAGUGAGAAGCAAUUGUCUUUCUUAUUCAGUAGCACUGACCUACUGAAGUUAGAUGUGAGAGCUUCUAUUGGAACUGGCUUUGCAUCUGCCUCUUUCUUUUUCCUCUUUCUUACUAAACAUAGGCUUCAAAUGCUGUCAGCAUCUUAUGGUACUUUCGCCCCUAACUUUUACCAAAACUUAUUUGUGUUGAGCAGGGGUGGAAAGCUGUUGUUUCCCACAGCAGAUUUUCUGAAAGAGACAAACCAGCUCAGGUGGAUGAUGGUACUGGUGUGCCAUUUGUUGUCUUUGAUGAUGUCUGGAACUCCUGUACAACUAUCUGCUAGAAGAACUGUUGUUUUGCUUGUGUGUUCAAAAAAAUAGACAGACCCCCAAACACCCUUUUGUAUGAGUCACAAUCCUCUUGACUGGCAAUUUUCAAUGUUGGGUCCCCAGAUGUUGUUGGAUUACAACUCCCAUCAUCCCCAGUGGCCUCUGGCCAUUGUGAUUGGGGGUGAUAGAAGUUGUAGUCCAACAAUAUCUUGAAUUUGUAGUCCAGCAAUAGCACUGAGGACCCUUAGCCUAGGCAUUGCUGUUGCUUAACCUACCUUGAUUUCAGUGGAGAUUGUGCUAGAAGCAGCAUUUGAUGAGUUGCAUUCUUGGAGCUGUUUCAUGUGCUUGCUUUGCCCGACCCUCCUCCCAUAGGAGAUGAACAGGCCUACAUGCCCCUCUCCACUGUGCGUGUAAUAUCAACAUGUGGUGCAGGUGCUCCACUGUACGCUGGAAGAGAGGUCCAAUCUGGGCAGUCUCUUUCACUCCUGAGGAGGAAGAAUUGCACAGAUCAAGCCUCUGCAAGUGUGUGUGUGUGUGUGUGCGUGUGUGCGCGCGCGCGCGCACGUGAGGAAGCAUCCACUCUCUGUCACAGGAGAAGGCUUGUCGCCUGGCUAAGCGUGUGAAAUGGCUCACAGUCUCCUUAACCACACAGGAACACUGCUGUGGCUCAUUCCCCCGUCUCUAAAUAAGCGGUUUUUGCACAUCUAACAACAAGCUAGAUGUGUGAAGGCUGAGGUUCUGUAGCUUGUAGAGCCAUUUUAUAUAUAUUGAGCAGCCUGGCGAGAUCCAUCGGAGUGUAGGAAUGCUAAUGGUCGCGUUCCAAAGUCUUAAGAUUAACAACCCUCUGAAUGGGACCUUCAUUGGUGUUUCAGAUUCCUUCCUAUGCCCCCAUUACAAUUAUUCUUUAAAAAUCUUGAACUGGAUAUGCAGUUUGGUGGCUCCCUUCUCCAACAGUGCUCUGAUCCUGAGAAGUGGCAGCAUCCCGUCUCUUCAGGAGCAGAGAAGCAACUUCAGCAAGCUUAUCUUCUUCCAACUCUUCACUGCUCACAGUUGCCUCAGUGAUGGCAACUGAUGGCAAUAAGCAUACCCCCCGUUUAUGCUUAUUUAAUCUUUGUUGGUUCAUUCUUUUUGAAAGCUGACGCAUUGAUAAGAUUCUGGAAAGCUUUGGUCAAUCCCCAUUUCUUAAAAAUCCUUGCAUAUUUUGUAUCCUGAAAUCAUGAGUUGGCUACAGUUUGAAAAUAAAAGGACUCUGUGGGUUUUAUGUGCUGUUUUUACAUUUAAGGCUGCUUCAUACAUGAUAUUUUAGAUCAUCUCCAGGUAGGAAAUAAGUACAUAGUCACUGUAGAAGUUGAUGCUGUUUCUGUCUCUUGUUUGGUCUAGGCAGACUGGGAAGCUGACCAGUGUUUUCCGGUCUGCUCACCCUGAACAGAAUCCACCUACUGCAUCUGAAGUGAUGGUGUACAGAUAUUUCCUGUGCGGAUAUUAUUUCCACGUUUUUAAGAAAAUGUUGCAUAUGAAGUGAGCAUUAGAGGGCAGGGGAGAGAGAACUGGAAGUGUCUUCAUUGUUGUACAUAAAUUUGGGGUUGCUUUCUCACUUAUCUCUUUCCGUUUCCCCCCACACCAAGAAACUCACUUGCAUGGAAAUUUUUUAACUUGAAAUGGAGAGUCCUAGUGCCCUCAGCGCUCAAAGUGAUUAACUGCAGUUGACUAACAGCUGGUGUUUUUAGCUUUGCAGUAAAUGACUGUUUAAAUACUGUAUUCCUUGUAAAUGAAGUUUUAAAAAAAAUGUUACGGCUGGUGCCAAUAUUUUUGUUAAUGAAAUGUUCAAUGUCGUCUCACUAUGGUCUGGUCAAAGCUCUUUGUGUAUAAGCUGGGCCUGCAGCCUUUUUAUAGCUUGGAGGCCUAAUUGUGUAACUUUUUUCUUUCAUAAUGUUUUUUUGUUUAUAAUAUUUACUGUCAUUUCUUUCAUAUAAAUAUGACAUGUAAAUUGUCAUAAUAAAAAAACCCAUUUAAAUAA